CUCGAAGUACACAAAACAAACGCCGAUUUCCCUCUCAGCAGGAUGAAGAACACCGCAACGCUGAUUGGCUGGCGCGUUGGCUGACCGCGACGUCACCGAAAAAUAACUCGUUCAGUUCUCGACGCCCCCGAAUCACCUCAACGAUCCCCAUUUCUCAUCCACAGCGAGCCUUUGCACAUUGCAAUCUCACCAUGGCGUGCCCUAUCAGCAUCACCAAGUUCGUCGGCACCGUCUCCCUCGGUCUUCUUACCGGUCUCUCCUACUCAACCUCCGCAAUCACAAUCCCAGCCCUCCAACUCCUCCCCACAGCGACAAGCGCCGCAGCCUCCCUAAACGAGGUCAAGCGCCUAAGCCGCCGAUACGCCCUACGCCUCUCCUUCCUAACAAACAGCUGCUUCUGCUUCGCAUGGUGCCUUUCAUCACCACGUCGCCGACACCCAUACAUGAUCUGGCUAUGCACAUUCUCCGCUGUCGCUGCCCACGGCGUUGACUUCUGGUUCAACCAACUGGGCCUCCGCUGUCAUCCGCGACGUCUCGCAUUUUCUUUGGUCCGGGACUCGGCUACGAAGAAGGACGAGGAUCUUGUCGUUGUCGAGGCCGAGAGUGAUCUGAAUGGUGAGACUGUCCAGCGGGAGAUGGAGCGCGAGCGCCGUUUGCACCGGGCGCGCGCUUGGUUGUCGGGUAUUGCGCUUUCGAUUGGUAUUGUUGGGCUGUGGGGGGACCGGAAGUGA